GACGAUUUAGCGGAGGGGUCUGGACCACACUUGUUAGUGUUACUUACACUCUUGUCGUGUUUGUGUGUAUCAUUUUAUUAAUCAAGGACACAUUACAAUUUACACAAGAAGAAAAAUAAAUAAAACUAAAACGAGAAUAAAAUGGAAAACACUCAGUCAGAUAUUGACUUUAUCAUGACAGAUCUUUUGCCGGAAAUGGUUUACAAUCGUUGUUUCUGUGAUCCAAAUUCUCGUGAAUUUGUUGAAUUUGAAUCAGCAAAUAUUCAUCAAUCAAAAAAAAAUAAUAUAAAUUCAAUACGUAAAUUAUACAAAGGACAGGUGAUUGUUCAAUUUUCUGGUGAACCAAAAGUAUUUUCAGUUAUAAUAAAAUUACUUCCAAAUGAUCAAUCACCAUCAAAUUAUAAUGAUGAUAUAUAUGGUUAUUUUUUAAACGAAGAAAUGUUUUACAAUAAAAUUAUAAAAAAAUAUAAAUUAGAUAUUUAUCCAAAAUGUUUUGUUGCUGAUAUGGGUAAAUAUGGACGUCCAGUUAUUGUCUUGGAAGAUCUUGAAAGUUUUGGUUAUCAUAAUAUUCAUGAAGAUGAUGAUAAAUUGGAUGAGGAUCACUUGAAUCUUUUGGUAAAGUCAAUUGCAAAAUUUCAUGGACGUGGAAUGAAAAUAAAACGAGACGAGUUCAAUGACUUUAGAGAAUUUUAUGCGAAACUCGUUACUCCAGUUUCGAAUGAUGAUUACAUAAAAACCAUCAACAAGGCUUUUAAUGAUCUCAAGGAUAAUUUAACAACCGAUUUAGCUCAAAAAUGGUACAAUAAAAUUGAAAAUACAUCUUUAAUUAUGGAUCAUCAGUUCAACAAAUUUAUCACAAUUUGCCAUGGAUGUUUUAACAAGGAACACUGGCUUUUCAAGUAUGAUAAUAAUAAUAAACCAAUCGAUAUUAAAAUACUCGGUUGGAAUAAUAUGAUAUAUACCAAUGUGAUUUACGAUUUAAAAUUCAUACUUGAAAAAUUCUCAGAUAAUUUAAAUUUCAACAAAAUUCAUGAUAUUUUUCACGAAUAUUUUUGUAAUAUCAUUAUCGAAUAUAAUGAACAAUCAAAUGAAAAAUUAUAUCUUGGUACAUGUUUAAAGUCAACAUGA